AUCUCAAAGUAUUAAAACACAAAGCCUCAAUUUAUUUAUUGCUCCAUUCCCAUUCUAUCCUAUUGAUUCCUGUGCUUCCCACUGCCCCAGCUUCGUCUACCAUGGCUCCUCUUUGGUUCUACUCUUUCAUCAUGCUCUGCAUCUUGUCAAUUUCCGCUCUUCCUCACUCUCUCAAUACCUCUCAACAGCAACAAUUGCUCCUGCAAUUCAAAACGGCUAUUUCCAACAACAACAGCUCUUCACUGCCAGAUUGGACUCCCCUUUAUCCCCUCUGUAAUUGGUCUGCCGUUACCUGCGAUCCCUCUUUCCACUCCGUCCUCGCCCUCAACUUAUCCCACAUGAACUUACACGGCACCAUCUCUCCUCUGCUAGGGAAUCUCACCUCUCUUCAAUCCCUCGAUCUCUCCAACAAUGCCCUCACUGCUACCAUUCCACCACAACUCGCCCAACUUACCCGUCUGAAGAAACUCAGGCUGAGCCACAAUCAAUUACUAGGAACAAUUCCCCUGGUUCUUUCCGCUUGCCGCAGUUUGUAUUACCUGGCGCUCUCCUUUAACCAACUGCAUGGCAGCAUUCCGCCUGAGCUGAGUCUCCUUAAAAGAUUGAAGUUCCUCUACUUGGGACAAAACAAUCUCACAGGUGUAAUUCCCCCUUCUUUCAAAAAUCUGUCCACUUUAGUUGAAUUGGAUGUGGGAGAAAAUGAUAUCACAGGCACCAUUCCUCUUGAAUUGGGAGCCCUCUCUCAACUACGGGAGCUCUCCCUUUGGUCGAAUUCGUUGUCAGGCACCAUUCCCAGCUCUUUAGGAAAUCUCACUCACCUGCAGAUACUUUACCUUUAUAGAAAUAACUUAUCAGGCACCAUUCCCAGCUCUUUAGGAAAUAUGACUUCCUUGACCUGUUUAGAAUUGGGAGAAAAUGAUCUUCAUGGCCCCAUUCCCCCUGAAUUGGGCACGCUCACUCACCUGCAGACUCUUUACCUUUGGGGAAAUAACUUAUCAGGUGCCAUUCCCUAUUCUUUAACAAAUCUCUCGGAAUUGAGAGAAUUAGGUUCAAGUCAAAACCAGCUGAGUGGACAUAUUCCACGGGAAAUCGGUACCAAGCUCUCCAGUUUGCAAUUACUCAAUUUAUGGGGAAAUCAGCUAAGUGGAAAAAUACCAAACUCUCUUGGAAAUUGUUCCAACCUCACAGCGCUUAAUUUAGCUGAAAACCAGCUCAGUGGAAUGGUGCCAAUAGAGCUGGGCAAGUUGAAACUCCUUACCCGGCUUUACCUACAUACCAAUCAACUUGUUAGUGAUAGCAGCAACACAUUGUCUUUUCUAACUUCUCUUACAAAUUGCUCCCACUUGCAAAAAAUAUUAGUGUCUCAUAAUCAUCUCACUGGUAUAUUGCCCCCAUACAUAGGCCAACUGUCUUCCAAUCUCCAAUUCUUGAAAUUAUCAAACAACAUGAUAAGCGGAAGCAUACCACAACAGAUUGCCAAUCUAACAAACUUAACAUACUUGAAUUUGAAGGAUAAUCUUUUGAGUGGCAAUAUUCCAUCUGGAAUUAAAAGAUUGCAGAAGUUGGAAAGAUUGCAUUUGGGUGGGAACAAAUUAGAAGGAAGCAUUCCAAGUGAGAUAGGUCAAAUGCAACAUCUCGGACUCCUAAAUCUUAGUCACAACGGGCUAUCUGGAAAAAUGCCCGAUUCUCUUUGUAGCCCCCAACAGCUAAGACGUCUUUUACUUCAGCACAACAACUUGUCAGGGGAGAUCCCUGUUGUUUUAGCAAGAUGUCAAAAUUUAGAGCUCAUUGACUUAUCUUACAAUAAAUUAGGUGGAAGGAUACCUCCUGAUUUCAUUGCCAGCCUUAAAAAUCUGGUUUUCUACCUCAACCUUUCGUGGAAUUCUCUGGAAGGGUCUUUGCCACUAGAGCUGAGUAAAAUUGCAAUGGCUCAAGCCAUAGACAUCUCUGGAAAUCGGCUUACUGGGCUGAUUCCGAUUUCUCUUGGAGACUGCACAGCAUUAGAGCAUCUAAAUCUUUCCCACAAUGCCUUUGAAGGUCCAAUUCCAGAUUCGCUCUCCAAAUUACAAAAUCUCCUAGAAAUGGAUCUUUCUACCAAUUCUUUAUCAGGUUCAAUACCAAUGUCCCUUGAAAGACUAAAAGUACUUCAAUACAUGAAUGUUUCAUUCAAUAAUUUGUCAGGGCAGAUUCCUAAAGGAGGGUUGUUUCCAAAUAGAACUGUUAUAGAAUUGUUUAUGGGAAACCCUGGCCUCUGUGGACCAACGAAUUAUUCAUUGCCUCCAUGCCCAAAGAAGAGUCAAGAAAUGCAUUCACUGCUUAAAAAAAUAGUCUUAUCAGUGGUUGGAACUAUUGCGUUUAUAUUGUGCUCCUUCAUCUUACUAAUUUUAUGGAGAUAUAAACUUUCAAGCCAACUAUUCCAUCCCUCAAACUUUAGUUUUCCAAGGCUUAGCUAUCCAAAAUUUUCUUAUCAAGAUCUUGUCACUGCAACAACCGAAUUUGAUGAGUCAAACUUGCUUGGAGUGGGUAACUUCGGAUCAGUCUACAAAGGAAUUUUGAGGGAUGGUAAGAUAGUUGCAAUCAAGGCUCUUAAUUUGCAGAAUGAAGAAGCUCAUAAGAGCUUCGACACAGAAUGCAAACUAUUAGGGAGUAUUCGGCACCGUAACCUGAUCAAAAUCAUAAGUGCAUUUUCCUACUCUGGCUUCAAAGGUCUGGUUCUUCAAUUUGCUUCCAAUGGGAGCUUGGAGAAGCAUUUGCACCCCGACAGAGAUGAUCAGGAAUUUUGUAAAUUGGGAUUGGAGGACUGUUUGAGCAUUGCUGUGGAUGUUGCCCAUGGCAUGGAGUAUUUACAUCAUGAUUGUCCUUUGCAAAUUGUGCACUGUGAUUUAAAACCUAGCAAUGUGCUCCUGGACGCCAACAUGACGGCCCUUGUGACUGAUUUUGGUAUAUGCCGUUUGAUUACUCAAUAUUCCAUAGAUUCAUUUAGUGCUGCAACAUUUGCACUCAAAGGAUCUAUUGGCUAUAUUGCUCCAGAGUAUGGAUUGUGGGGGGGUGUUUCCACAAAGGGAGAUGUUUACAGCUAUGGAAUUCUGAUAUUAGAGAUGGUUACAAAGAAGAGGCCAAUUGAUGACAUGUUUGUGGGAGACAUGAACUUGCAGAAGUGGGUAAGGUCAGCUUUUCCAGAGAGAUUGGCAGAUAUUGUUGAUUGUGGGCUAUUGAGAGAUGUGAAUGAAAACAUGGAAGCCAAUAGGUGUCUUCUUUCUUUCAUUCAAGUUGGUUUGCUUUGUAGCAGUGAAUCACCAAGAGAACGACCUUCCAUGAGAGAUGUAGCCAGGUUCUUGGAGAGUCUCAAGACAUCUUCCAUGGGGGGUGCAGUUGCUUCAAAUUUAACAGCCACCAUAUCAGACCUCCUGCGCAAUACCAAUCGCGCAGAAACAUUGGCAUCUGACAGUCAAAGCUCUACAUUUUAGAUAUUUAUAAGCUCAAUUAGUAAGUUUUAGUCCUUUUAUGUUUGGUAGUUUCAAGUUUGUUUUUUUCAAUGUAAAAUCGUUCUUAGGAUAAAUUGUAGUUCUUCCGAGUCUGCGAGGUGUUCCAAUUAAUGAAUAAGCAUUAUACUACUUUGAGAGUGGAUAAUGUUGUCUAUAUAAACUUUCUAAAAUACUGUAAAACGUGUAUUCAAAUCACUUUCUCUCAUAAUAAGCUAUCAGGCUGUGUUUAACAUU